CCGGUGGCUGGACGGGUCGAGGCUAUAAAGGUGAGAGUUCCCUUAGCUCGUGGCUCAGUUUGCCGUCCGCCUUCCCCACAAACUGACCUGACGGCUGUUGCUUCUGUUCCACCUCAUCCCUCAUUCAGAAAGGAUGGCCUGGGUCCUCUGGGCGCUGGCCACUGCCGCCGCGGCUGUCACUCUCACAGCGGCUGACGGUGCAGGCUACGGCGGCUACGGUGGUGGCUACGGCGGCUACGCUCCAAGUUACCAUGCCCCAGCACCUGCUUACUACCCCCCUCCUCUUCCUCCUCCUCCUCCAAUUUCUUACCCCGUCAUUCCUGUAUAUGGCGGUGGAUACGGCGGUGGAGGUGGCUACGGCGGCGGAGGAAAGAAGGGCGGAGGAGGCUACGGCGGAGGAAAGAAAGGGGGAGGAGGAGGAGGAUUCGGAAAUAUUUUCAAGGGACUUGGAGAUGGCUUAUUUGGAGGGGGAGGCGGCAAGGGCAAAGGUAAAGGUGGCGGCGGCGGCGUCGGCGGCCCAAUAGUCACUCCCGUACACUUGCCCCCUCCACCCCCGGUGAAACAGCACCAUGUCGUGAACGUCAAGGUGCCCCAGUGCAAGCCCCUCACACACUACAUCACGCAGGUCAUCACCGAGGCCCACCCGGCCCCACAUGUCCACACCAAGUACGUGGAUAAGGUGGUGCCAUCUAUCGUAGUCAAGACCAGAUACGAACGCCUGACGGAGACCGCUGUGGCGACGGACGUGGUGCAGAACGUUAUCACCUUCACCGAAACCAAGUCUGUCCCUGUGACGCAGAUUAGCACCGUUAUUGACGUCCAGACAGAAUUCAAGACUAGCUAUAUCUACCAAACCACGACACAAUUGAGCUACACACCCGUCUACAAGACAGAGUACGUCACAAACGUCCAAUACGUCACCAAGGUGGAGACCGUGCCAGACGUCCGGGUGUCCAUCGUCACCAAGUCCAUCGUCCUGCCGCCCUCCGACUAUGUCACUGUCACGAAGCCCCUCCUGGUGGAGCAGCCGCGCUACCAGAACCAGGUGGUGACGGAGUACGUGACGGUGCAGGCCCAGUGUGGCGGCGGAGGUUAUGGCUCAGGCCAGCCCAGUGUACCGCUGGGUAUCGGAUUUGGGCCCGGUGGUGGUAACUUCAAUGAAUUUUCUUCCAUUAGCUCUCACGCUCCACCGCACCUCUACGGUUCGAAUGUCUAAUUAAGGUUGAAGAGGAUGACGGCCACAUCGAGGCUGUUACAUCCUUUAUUAACUGUCCCAAAAACCACGCUUUGUUUCUACGCCCCGUUGUUAUUCACUGUUCCCUCACGCUUUGUUAUUACCGCAAGACGUCCCAUCCCCUACUCUAGAAGGGUUCUCGAACCCUUACCUCCAGUAGUUCAAAGAAAAGCUUUGACAUGUUAUGCAGCCAACUAGUUGUUCAAAUGCCUCUCCUGCUUGUUCUCUCUUUUUUUAUUUCUGGUACGUGAAUGAACAUACAGCAAUUUCAAACAUUAAAUGUAAAGUACAUAUAGCAAAAUAAUAAGAGAGCAUUUGCAAGCAACUAUAGGUAUACAUUGGUGUAACUAAGGUAAUACUUAGUUAAUGAGUUAGUUAUUUCGUGUGUGUGUGUGUGUGUGUGUGUGUGUGUGUGUGUGUGUGUGUGUGUGUGUGUGUA